AAAAGCGAUUAGGGCUCUAGGCGCGAUGGCUAUGGCGUUGGCGAUGGCGCUCACGGCGUCUCCUUCGUCUCACCUCAAAUUCCAGCUCUCCAGGGGACCGGCAUUUCAUUCCUUUCGCGUCAGCUACGCUAAUGCGGCUGCCGCUCCAGCGCCUUGGGCGAGAGAAGCAGUGUCUCGUCGUCCCGAUCGGGAAAGAAUUGGAGCGACUGGAAAUCGCAAAGGAAAUGCUCCUGAUGGGGACAAUGAGAGCCUAGCGUUGAAAAUUCUCCGGCUUGAUGGGUGGGACGUUCCGUGGGGGUAUGGAGUGACAACGCUGGGAUUGCUGGGUUGGCUGGUCAGCUUUUUUGUGACAGGCUUGGCUACGGCAGUGCUCGGUCAUAAUCUGGGGAUCGAUAGAAGAGAAAUCCUCGACAUGGACGAACAAGCUGCGUUCAUACUUUUCAGCCAAGUUUUGCAGACAAUUACAGGACUUGGCACCAUCAAUCUCGUUACAACCAAGUACCAGCCUUUGCCUUCCGACAUGUUCGUGUAUGAUUUUAGAAAACCAUUUGAUUUGCAGCGAGGAUGGCUGCUUUGGUCUGGAAUUGGCAUACUUUGCGCUGGUGGAGCUGUGGUUCUAACCAGUAUCAUCGUUUCAUCUGUUAAUGGUGAACUGCCACCACGGGAGGACAACGAUGCGCUAUCACAGUUGCUUCCGCUCAUUGGUGUCUCGCCAUUAAGCACAGCGUCAUUGAUUGUUGUGACCGGUGCUUUGGCUCCACUGCUAGAAGAGACUGUUUUCCGCGGCUUUCUCCUGACAUCUCUAACUAAGAGGUUGCCAGUUCCAGUUGCCGUGGUUUUGAGCGCCGCUGCGUUUGCUCUCGCUCAUCUAACUCCGGGAGAAUUUCCACAGCUCUUUGCGUUGGGCAUUGUCAUCGGUUUUGCGUACUCUAAGACACACAACAUGCUCACGCCAAUUCUAAUCCACGCGACCUGGAAUUCUGGAGUGGUGGUAGCGCUCACAGCACUCAGUAGUUGUUUGGAUGGCAGUUUCAAGGAUACGAUUUGAGCCAAGUGCUCUCACUUAUCUUAAUGGGAUCAUAAUUAAACCUUAAAUGGCAUCAUUUGAAUUUUAGGGCUA